GUACUUGGAUAAUAUACCUGUUUUUCACUUUGCACAAGGUAGGCCUGUUUCCAUGCUGUAGUCUUUACUUCCCGAGGGAUACAACAGAGUAACAGGCCCGAGUUGGUGCCACACAUUCAUAUCCAUGUGACCUAUUAACCUCGUAACCCGUACGUCUUUGGGAUGUGGGAGGAAACCCGAGUACCCGGAGGAAACACACAGGGAGAAUGUACAAACUCCUUACAGAGAGUGGCAGGAAUUGAUCACCGCUAGCGUGCUCCACCAUAAUAGCAGAGAAAUUAAAAUCAACUGGCUAAAAUUAGGGCGGAGGGACUUGGGAGGGAUAAGGAAGGUCGAUGGAAAGAUUUGGAAAGGUUUGGUCCCCUCCCCCUUCGUUCCACCCAGAAUAACUCUGUUGGCCAAAUCUUUGACCUGCUGCCCGUUCUCUGCCUUUCGGAACCUCGCUAUGCUUUGUGAGAUCACCUUCUUCGCAAACCCGGGUCUCUCAGUGACUGGUGUGUUCUCUGCUGGAUUGGCCCACUCUAAAAUAAGAUUCCCUUUUCAACCCACCGCGCUGCAUUAGACGUGGGCCGUCAGCUUGCUGGCCGUAGCCACCUUGUCACAUAUCACACCCUUCCUUUUCACCUACAUUUAUCAUGGCAGCCUGCGAGACAACGAUAAGCGUAACAGUUCCAACUGCAAUGCCUUAGAAGGACAGCGCAAGUUAGCGCGAGCAAACUGUACUUGGAUUAAUGACAGGAGCUGCCAAACGAGAGAAGAGGUUGGAUUUUACAGAAAUGUUACAAUUAUUUCUCCUCUCUUCAUCGACCAACCUAGGGUCAAAGUAGAUCGCUGCCACAUUGCCUUGGCUCGGGGACGUGCGAGAGGCAAGUCCGGACUGUAAAAUCAGCAUUGCACUCGGGGAAGGGAGCAGCACUGGUCACGGACGCUGAGUGAAGGUGCGGGGCUGCUUUGCCAUCGAGGGAUGACGGCUUGCCGGAGCUGAUAGGCUGGCGCAAGGCUGGAGGCAGGACCUAGGCUGCUACCACGCGAAUGUCCACACUUGACAAUUCGCCACCAACAGCACAGCCGGAGGAACCCGCAAGAAGCUCCCUCCUCCUCGGGAGGGGUUUUCUUUGAGAGACUCUUGACCUGAUCGCAAGCGAACAACUUUGCUCUCACCGCAGGAUGUACCUCAACGAACGCAUUGAAAUGUUGGGAUCAGGUUGGCUCCUCAGAGAUCUUAACACCCAGGAACUUGAAAUUGCUCACUGUCUCCACUUCUGAUCCCUCUGGACGCCAGCUGACGUGGCUCCACGGCUGUUGAGCCAACAUGGCCAAACUUCAGAUGCUUUCGACGGCCAGUGAGCCUGCUUACCACGGCUGCCAGACCUACCCGUUGUUUGCUCCCAGGACCGCCGAUCCGGGCUACUCCCAGGGCACAAUGGGGAGCGUUGGCAGCGGUGUCGCCAACGAGCAGGAGUUUGCGAUGAAAAGCAUGAACAGCAACAACCGACCAGGCCUCAUCCAGAACAGCAGCCGUCAGCAAGAUGGGCUGCGGAAUGGUUACGCUUCCCGGGAACUCUCAAAACGCUUCUCGUCUGAGGAGAAAUGCUUUAAUUCCGAGAACAUGACAAAUUCCUUGUAUAUCAAUGGGGACCAUCGUAUAGGAACCAGAACUAAAACUGACAUGACAAACAACAAUGAGAAGAAUACGCCUCCACAGUACAAAGAGCCAAGCAAUCCUCCAAAGAUACUCCCCAUCUCCGGCAAACUAGAGCAGACCAGCGAGGCAUUGAUUAGGCCUUCAGCUUUCAAGCCUGUUGUUCCCAAAAACUUCCACUCCAUGCAGAACCUCUGCCCGCCGCAAACCAAUGGGAUAUCAGACAGCAGGAAAAGCCUUAAUACUCAUCACAACAGCAGCAGCAGUCCUUCCGGGGGCAGAGUUGGAAUAGACAAGGCAGGCCACAGCAGGACUAUAAACCACUCUGGAGGGAUGUCGGAUUCUGGCCGCAACUCGCUGACCAGCCUGCCGACGUAUGGCUCAGGGUACAGCCAGCACAUUGGCCCGCUGAGCGCCUCCACCAGCCACAUCAACCGUCUCGGAACGUCGUACGGGGAGAGGGGCGUGCUGGGGUACAAUGGGAUCUCAACCUCGGACAGCGGUCGCUCCUCCAGCAAAAGUGUGUCCUCCUUCAACAAGCUCAACCACGCACACGAGGCCCUCACCUACCACUCGCCGUCCAGCGACGACAUCAUUCAGGACCUUGAAGACCGGCUGUGGGAGAAGGAGCAGGAAGUCCUGCAGAUGAGGAGGAGCCUCGACAAGAACGAAGCGGCCAUCGUGCAGGUCUUCGAGGAGAAGCAGAAGAUGUGGGAGCGCGAGAUGGAUGACCUGAAGCAAAACUAUGCAAACAAGUUGCAGCAGGUGUCGAAGAAGGCACAGCGAUCGCAGCAAGCCCUGCAGCUUCAGAUCUUCAAAUUGCAACAGGAGAAGAAGAAGCUGCAGGAAGAUGUCGGACAGCUCCUGCAGCAGCGGGAAGAGCUGGAGAAGAAAUGCCUGACCUUUAAAAAAGAGCAGUCCGAGCUGCUGCCCAGACUUGAGGAGACCAAAUGGGAGGUAUGUCAGAAGGCGGGUGAAAUCUCCUUAAUGAAGCAGCAGAUGAAAGACUCACAGGCCGAUGUGGCCCAGAAGCUGAACGAGAUGGUGGUAUUAAGGACACAGCUAAAGGAGUUGACAUCAGCACUGCGGGCCAAGGAGGAGCAGAUCCUCGAGCUGAAGGACUCCUUCAGUGCCAAGGGCAUCGAGCUGGAAGUGUGCGAGAACGAGCUGCAGAGGAAAGCCAGUGAGGCCCAGCUCCUGAGGGAGAAGCUAGGCCAGAAUGAGGUAGAGCUCUCGGGCUUGAAGCAAGCCCUGGCCAGUGCGGGCCAGCCGACAGGGUGCAGUGAGGAGGCGCCAGAGGAGGAGAGGGACGAGCAAACCUGCGAGAGUGACGAGGCCAAGAUGCAGCGGCAGAACGAGGACACAGUGAAGGCCCUGAGGAAGCAGGUCGAGCGGCUGCAGGGAGAGCUGAGGCUGGAGCGGCAGCAGCAUGAGCAGCAGCUCUCCCACUUCGAGGAGGAGAGGCAAACCUGGCAGGAGGAGAAGGACAAAGUCAUCAAGUAUCAGAAGCAGCUGCAAUUGAACUAUGUGGAGAUGUACCAGAAGAACCAAGCACUGGAGAGCAAACUUAAUGAGAUAAACACAACGGUCAACUCCCCCACAGCCGAUGACAUGAAGCAAUGGACACCAUCUCGUCUGGAAAGGAUUGAAUCCACAGAGAUCUAACCUGCGACACUUCCAUUAACGUAUCACUGAGACCAUUUUCAUGGAUCUCUGAAGCCACUUACCUGUAACGUUCAUCUUCUCACUUUAUAUUACAGUCUGUUUUUGACUUGUAUAAAGUUUGACCCCUUUACUUUCAAAACUGUGUGAGGACAAAAUUAGUCCUGUUCCACCAACCCUAGCACAUACUCUCACCCUGAAGGUCAAAUAACAAGCAACAGACAAUCUGCUGGAAGAACUCAGCGUAUGAAUCCUGACGGAGGGUUUUUGACCUCACAUUCCUCUUCCCCCACCCCCCCCCCCCCCACCAGAGAUGACCAGGGGAAUUCCUCUAAUCAGCAGAUUGUUUGUUGCUCUGGAUUUGAGCAGCGUCUACAGUCUCUUGCGUCUCUAGGUAAGGUAACAUGCUUGCCCUGUUUCUACCCCUUCAGCAGAGAGGGGUUGGGUGACUUGUUUACCAGUGUAUGCAAUGCAGUCAAUACCUCAGUCAGACUGUAGGCAUGUUGAUCACUGCUCUCAAGCCCCUGAUCUUCGGGAAGUUGAUUACUAUUGAACAAAAUACUCCACACCAUGUGAGUCUGAAAUCAAAGCAGAAAAUACGACAAGGCUGGCAGCAUUAUUUUGCAUGUGUUUUCCCAUUUCCCUCCCACAGCCUUCCCUUUUGCUUUUUCUUUUCUCUCCACCCACACUUCCUUUUCCUACGCACGGUGGCAUAGCAGUUAGCGUGACGCUAUUGCAGCACCAGUUGUAAGAUCAGGGCUCAACUUCCACCGUACUCUGUAAGGAGUUUGUACGUUUUCCCCCUGACCGUGUAGGGGUUCAAUGGGUGCUCCAGUUUCCUCCAACACUCCAAAGUCUUAUGGGUUAUGGUUAGUGAGUUGUGGGCAUGCUAUGUGGUGACACUUGUCCUGCACAAUCUUCGCUGAUUUGAUUUGGCGCAAAAGUCGCAUUUCACUGUAUGUUUUGAUGUACAUGUGACAAAUAAAGCCAAUCUUUCCUAUUGCACACACUAAAAUACAGAAGCUUCCAGUUCAGAUGAAGUCCUAUCACUGAAGCAUUAAUUCAGUUUCCCUCUCCACAGAUGCCGCCUGACCUGCUGAGUAUUUUGUUUUAUUUAGAGGUACAGGAUGGCCCUUUGAGCCGUGCUGCCCAGCAACCCCUGAUUUAACUCUAACCUAAACACAGGACAAUGUACAACGACCAAUUAACCAACUAACUGGUACGUCUUCGGACUGUGGAGGAAACUGGAGCACCUGUUGGAAGCCCACACAUUCCAUGGAGAGAACGUACAAACUCCUUUCAGAGAUCACCGGGAUUGGACUCCAAACUCCAAGGCCCUGAAAUGCAAUAGCAUCAUGCUAUCCUCUACAUUACCAUGGUCGUGUUGCCCGUGUAGAUGAAAUCAUCUGCAAUUAUGUAUUCCUGUCCCACGAGUGUCCCUCUCCCAAUAGCAUUUAACAACCCUGAAUCAAACGUGAUCUCAUUUUAAGUUGUUCUGUGUUUUUAUUUUGUCGUCACAUCCUCCUUGAAACCCCUCUUCCCUACCCAACCCCUCUCUUCAGUCUCUGCCACCUACCUAACAAUGUCUUGAGGGGCUUGGAGUUCUGGAAACAAGAACAAAUUCUGUUAAGCAAGAGUAUAAGAGACAUUUUACCAAUCCAGCCAAUUGAAGUUAUGCUCUAAAUCAGCCCUGAUUUAAUUAAAUAGUGGAGCGGAAUUGAGGUGCUCAAGAUCAGUAAAAGAAAGGACAAGCUAACUGUCGGUGAAAUUGUCUAUCCUAACCAUGUUCUGUGCAAAUCACUGGAGUACAUUAGCUUCCUGUACAAUCUCCCUUUAUGUAAGGAUGGCACAGAGUGUUCACAAAACCAGAUACAAGGCAUAAUCAGGCAAGGAAAUGACAUAGGCAGCACUAUUUCCUUCUCUCUCCUGCAUAUCCAUCAGCAUUCCUUAUCCCUGUUCCAUUUUGUGUGGUAUCUGUUACAUGUUAAUCCCAGGUGGAAAGCUGGAACGGGGUCCAAGCAGCUCUACGGUGUUCAUGUCACCCACAUGCCACCACUGCUUGACACUGGGGGGCACAGCUGCAAAUGCACUUGUGAACUAUCUGUUUUUAUCUCCCAUUCCUUCCAUGUUUUAAAAAUAAUCACCUCCCAAAUUUUCCUAUCCCACUUACCGAGCUGCCUGGGACACAUCCUGUUGUCCCAGUUGUGACCCCCUUCUCCUGGCUGCCAUCUUAAAUUUUACAUGGAGUUAGAGGCAUUUUCUCAGCUUGACAGAAUAAAACCCUGCAAACCUGCACAUCCCUUGGCCUUGUAAAAUUCCUUUAUCUUCUUUGUUCCCAGGUAAUUGGAUUCAUGAACCCUGCCACAGUGAAUGUACUUUGCAUGAGUUUCUUUGGUGUUAAUGCAUUCCCUGACAUCUUUCCCCUCCAUUCCCUGUCGUCUUUCCCCUCCAUUCCCUGACAUCUUUACCCUGCUCCAACCCUAAGAUUUGUUCACCUACAUUUACAAGAGAUUUAUCAAUCCCUUGUAUUUGAAUGGCAUCCCAGUUUUUUUUCCUGGAGAAAGUGUGUCUGACUCCUAACAUCUGGAAUUAUCCAUUUAUUAAUUGCGAUAUCCUUUAGAACAUAGAGUAUUACAGCACAGUACAGGCCCUUUAGCCCAUGAUAUUGUGCUGGCCUUUUAACCUGCUCUAAGAUCAAUCUAACUCCUACAUCGGCCUCUAUUUUUCUAUCAUCCAUAUGCCUAUCCAAGAGUCUGUUAAAUGUCCCUAAUAUAUCUGUCUCAGCCAUCACCCCCUGGCAAGGUGUUACAUGCACCCAUUGCAGUCUGUGUUUUAAAAAAAAUACCUCUGAGAUGCCCUUAUGCUUUCCUCCAGUCACCUUAAAAUUAUGCCCCCUUGUGUUAGCCAUUUGCUCAUCUUAUUUUACAUUUAGUUUCCCAUAUGUACACAGCAAGAUGUGUCUCUCUCUAUUUGUCCUUUAGAAUUGUUUCUUUCACAUCAGAAGUAAAUGCAUUCAAUGACUUGACACAGUGGUACAUCUGAUUACUUGCUGAGCAGCUGAUGCACGAGGAAUUUAACACCAGGUGACGUCCUUCCAGUGGCAACCUGACUGCAUCACCGUUUCCAAUUGUGGAAAUCCAACAGAGUCGCUUUGCAAUCAAAUAGAAUCCACAAACCUGGCUGUCUUGGCAUUUUUUAAAAAUUUGUCUUCAUUACCAUAGUGAUAAAAGAGAAUGUGCAAGAUUAAGGAGAAUCAUAUAUUAUUAAAUAAAGUCAAACAGCACAGAAGGAGGCCAUUUGGCCAUUAUACUAAAAGAGGUGACAGGGAAGGAAAGAUGAUUGUAAUUCAGUAAUUCAAGUCUUUGUCAAUAUUAUUGUAUCAUCCAGGGAAACAAAUGUCUCCUCUGUCCCUCUAAUUUAAGAGGUGUUUCCCACUGUUUAAGUCUUCAGAGAAUUACUGGUAAUCUACUUGUUGUAACACCGCUCGAAAGAGGAGUUAUCCAGUAAUUUGUCUAUUGGUAAAUGUUGGGUAGCGCGUGUAUAGUUCUAUGUAAAUAUGUAUGCCUGUGCCGUGUGUAAAGGUAGACAUUAUCCUUCCUGAGGUUACACACUGUGGUUUUUAAAGCUUUCCUAAGCAAUUAGACAAUGCAUUUCUUAUUUGCUGCACAGCUUUCUUUGGAAAGAUAAUGAUCUCCAAGAGAUCUUUAUCUUUCCAAAACAUCACGCAAUUGAAAAUAGAUUGAACCUCGAAGCAGUAAACUCCCAUCUGAAAAUCCAUGACGAAAAGUUAAUUUCAUGCUCCCUGUUUUCUCAGCAGUCCUUCAUGUGUCUAAACCUUGACCAAACCUUGCUGGAGAGGAGGGAUUGCCUUUAAAGUGGAUGAUUCCACGUCAGAAAUGGCUGCAGAGGCUUUGGUGAACAGACUGAACGUAGAACAUUACAGCCCAAUACAGGCUCUUCAGCCAACUUUUAACCUACUCUAAGAUUAAAAUAACUCCCCCUCCUGCAUAGUCCUCCUUUCUCCUAUCAUCUAUAUGCCUACCAAGAGUUUCUUAAAUGCCCCUCAUGAUUUUGCAUGAGUGACAUUUCAUAAGACAGUCAUCCAGCUUGUUAACCAUAGGCUGCUCCAUCAGUAGAUUUCACCCUAAAGCUGAACAGAUUUGUAAUUUGCACCCGGAUAACUCGAAUAUUCAGGAAACUAAAAAGUGCAAUUCUAUUUUAAUUCCUUGAGAACCCAGUUUUACCUCCAGUCAGUCUCUAUACUGAUGGUGAAGUCCCAUUAAGUUGAAGCAACUCUUGUAUUUAGAUCCCCUUGCAAUAAAUACUAGUGAUUCAUGUAUUUUCUUCAUUGCUUGUUGUAAUCUGUGUAGGCUACCUAAAUCUCUCUACUUAUCAAGUUAUAAUCCUGAAAUAUAAUUUGUUUUUUUUUUAUUUCUGCCUAAUGCUACACUUUACUGCAUUAUACACCAUCUGGCAUCUGGCUGGAUAUCUUGGGCUUCUACUUUCAUAUCUUUAACCCAGUUGCACGUACAACCAAUCUCUGCAAUCUCUGCUUGAGGUGCAGAGUUGAAAGAGAAGGUAUUGGUGGUUCUGGAGGUGGUGGGUAAUGGUAAGGUGUAGAAUCACACAGGAUAUAAAAAAGCCCUUUGGCCCAGUGUGUUAAUGCUAACCAUCCUACACUGACUGCAUUUUACUCUCUUCCACAUUCUCGUCAGCUCCCUCAAGAUUCAAUCACUCACCACACACACAGGAAGUGAUCAGUUAGCUACCAUCCCAAGCCGCAGGACAUUAUACAUUCUGAAGCUGGCAUCUCUGGUUCGAUCCCUUCAGCAUAAGGUUGAGUAGCCACACUGAAAAGUGAGGGGAAGAGUAUGGGAGGCUUUGAUUGCUGAACCUCGACUUGCAGCUAACAUGGUGACUGUCUGCCGUUGAAUGUAAAGGGCUGCACCUGAGCUUUAAUGGCCUGGUGAGUAAGGGAGUGAAUAGGCUGGAUGUAUGCUGCUCGAUUCGUCUGGUUGACAAGAGUGUUUGUUUAGCCAGCGUACCCAUACUCUUCCCCGGAUAGGCUGAGGAGGGGCUUUCCAAGCAUACCUUCUGAGGCUGACUGAUCACCAGAGUCCUAAAACACACCAAGAAUCCCUCGGGAAUCUUGAUUUAACUUUGAAUCAUUAAUUUGUGGGUUAAUACAAAAUCACCAUCAAUAAAAGAUUGUCUGGACCAUGUUUAGUGUGAAAUAUAAUUAAAUCCUUGUUAUGAAAAAUGCAGAAUUCCAGCACCAAUAGUGAUUUGCUUUGGUUAAAUCCUCUGGUUUUCUGUUUGGUCGCUGAACUCCUCCUUAUCAAUUGUAGGGUCUCUGCUUCCUCCUCACUGCUCACCUCCCUGCUUUGUACUGUCAGCCCCUCACCCAAGUACUGAUGGAGGGUUAUAACUAACUGAGAUCCAUGUGCUUACCCUUGCAUCACCUCAAUGCGGCCAGUUCUCCUGAUAUUAGUCUGAUACCCCCUACCCUGUCUCGUUAACCAAUCCCCAGUUUCAGCAAGAAGCUCAAUAUUUUAGCUGACAGUUCAUUCCUGUGUACCUAUAGUAUGAAGUUUGAUAAUGGGUUUGCAACACAUGAAUUAGGAUGGAUAUGCCCCUUGAAUCCUUGAGUCUGGUGCACCAUUUAAUAUGGUCAAAGUUCAAAGUAAAUUUAUUGUCGAAGUGCAUCUCUGACCAUAUGCAACCCUGAGAUUUAUUUGCAUGUGGGCACACUCAAUAAAUCCAUUAUAGAACAAUAACCAUUACAUAAUGAAUUAAAGACUGCACCAUCUUGGACGUGCAAAAGACAACAAACUCUGCAAAUACAAAAAGAGAUAAUAAACAAACAAACAAAUAAAUAAGCAAACAAGCAAUAAAUAUCGAGAACAUGAGAUGAAGAGUCCCUGAAAGUGAGUCCAUAGUCCACAGACUAUCGCUGAUUUCAGAAUUAGAAUCACAUUUAAUAUCACUGAUAUAUAUCAUGAAAUUUGUUGUUUUGCAGCAGCAGUGAAGUGCAGUAUAUGAGAUACACUAUAAAUUACAAUUACAAUUAGAAGCCUAUAAAUAUACUGUAAAAAUUAGUACGUGAUGUAACAAUAGUGAGGUAGUUUUCAUGGAUUCAUUGUCCAUCAGAAAUCUGGUGGUGGAUGGGAAGAAGCUGCUCCUAAAGCACUUUAGGCUCCUGUACCUCUUCUCUCAUGACAGAACUGAGAAGAGGGCAUGUCCUGGGUGGUGGUGGUUCUUAGUGAUGGAUGGCACCUUUUUGAGGCAUCACCUGUUGAAGAUCUCCUUGAUGGUGGGAAGGUUGGUGGGUUUACAACUUCCUGUAGCAUUUGCUGAUCCUGUGCAGUUGUUCCCCCCCCACCCCCCAUACCAGUCUUGAUUGUAAUCUCAACCCCACAUUCCCACUACUUGUGGUAUCAUAUACCACUUAAUUCUCAAGCUUCUAUCUCCCCCUAUCUUUAAAACAUUCCACUCCCCCUCUGAGAAAGAGUUCCACAGACCCUCAAAGCACCUUGCCUCAUCUAUUUCAUAAAUGGCUGACCCUAGCUCUAGAUUCACCCACCCACAAGAGAAGACAUUCUCCUCACAUCCAUCUUGUCAAAGCUCAACAGGGUCUGCUGAGUGAACUCCAGCAGAGUCAGGCUCCGUGAUUUCCAAAUCUACUUAAGGCUGUGUGCGCAGCCAUAUUACCGCUUCAUCACCUAAAAAUGUUGCUGAUUUAUCCUUUAAGAAACCAAGCACUGGAGAAGAAAUGGAAAGCUUGUGCAGCAGCAAGUGUAUUUCUGUUUGUUCUUGGUGCUCUCUCUACUAUAGAGCAUGUAAAGUUACCUUUGGCUGUGUUUUUUCAUGAUGCUAGACACAAAAAGCAACAUUCAAGACCCUCUCCCCGAUGCAUUUGCUCAAUAAUUAGAAACCCAAAUAUCUUGUGCUCAGGUGUCCGUGCCAUUAAGAUAUCCUUACCAACUUCCUCCAGGAAGAUUGUCUUUGUCAGAGAAUUGGUUGUGCAUGCACAUGGCUAAGUUGAUGCAAAAUAGUUGAAAUCUGAUGCCAAUAAUAAACUGGAUGCCGACUGACCCAUAAGGCCACCUUCUUAUUGGCUACCUCCAAGGAUUGCACUAUGGCAAUGCCAGUGCUGGAUUGGCAUAUGCCCUCUCAGAGGGGAGUAUGGUUGUAACAAUCAUCCGUACACCACAUCCAGGGAAGUAAUUGAAAUAUAGCAAUAAACAAAAAAUGGUAUGUGGUAAAAGCACUUUUUCAAUGGCAGGCAAUGUCUACUUUUACAGUAAGUCCUCAACGUAGAUUCAUAAUGUUCUGUAAUUUGCCAUUUUGUCCAGGAUUGACUAUUGUACAAUUGUGUUUAGAAGGAUCUGUAUGAGGAUCAAUGAGCUGUGGUGUCUAGUGAUAAACUAUCCCCUUGGGAUGCUGAUUCUUCUCAGCCAACAUUCCUCACUGUGCAGGGGUACCCAAAUUGGGGCCCAUCAACCCCUUGGGUUAUGGUAGGGGUCAAUGGCAUAAAAAAGGUUGGGAACCCCUGCUCCAGUGGGUAAUGACUUUUAGGAGAUGAGCUCAGAUCACAUGCAACAAAAAUAGAAGUAAAAUUGUUUGUCAGGAACUGGUUAAAAAAAAAUUAGUUUUCAGAAAUGUCAUCACCAAUUUUAUUUUGUCACAAGUUGAUAAGAACACUGAAACUCAGGAGAGAUAUUUGAAACAUGUUGAAUCUGGUUAGAAAACUAAAGCCCAAAAGCACAAGCAAGUGCAGCCCAGUGCAAUGGUGCUCCAAUCUGCUGCAUCAGUGAAUGGAUUGUACCAAUGUUAAUCAUGUCAAUUGCUUUGUUUAUUACCAGGUAUUGACUGACAAGCUUUAUGACUUAGGUGCACACUUUCAGAACGAAGCAAUUAUGGCCUAUCAUGCUGUGCUAGUUCUUUAAAAGAACUAUUUGACUGAACCCCUGGAUUCCAAUGCGUAGAAACUGGAAAUUGCACCCUCUUCUUUUAAAGCAAAAAUCAUGCAUACAAGCACAUUUUAACGUGAUGUAGCAAUUCCCUAUGAAAAUGGUGAAACUGAGAAUGAGGUCCAUUCAUCUUUGUGAAGCUAGUGGUUUUCCACCAUCAUUCCAAAACACAGUGAGGUUCCUGAAGUUGGAGCGAUAUUAUGUGAACUAUAACCUUUGAUUUCAACCCUCAAAGGAGGUAGGGCCCCCAUUGGAGCAUCCGGUUUGGCUGUCUUUAUUUGCCAACCCGAGUUUAUAGUACUCUGCUGACACAUCACUGCCAGAUCUCUGGGUUUAGGAAAGUUACUCACAGCACAGGUAUGUUUUGUACUCUGCACAGAGUCGUGAGUGCUCUGGUGCCAAUCAGAACAUGGGACUCGAUCUGUGCCCCAAUCACAGAUGAGGCAGUGAGUACACACUCAAAAGGCACAUGCUCUGCUUGUAAAUUCCACCCCUCUUCCCACAACCCUGUGGUGGCCUUUUAGACUACUACAUCUAGCACAGAGGCUAAGACUCAAUUUCCAGCAGCAAAGACACAGUAGUUGCAAUCACAGUCAGGCAGUUACCAUUGCAAGGUGCACAUGUUUUAAUGGACCAAUCAGUAAAAACAACAGUACUAAUUUUUAAAAGCUAAAUUUUAGUUUUCCAAUUGUUCUGGAGGGGAUUUCAAUUACUUCUUCCCCAUGCCAUCAGCUCCUGUUUAUUAAGGGUAGAUUCCAACUUCUAAGCAAAGCAUUAAAUGACAGUGACAGACUACAGAGAAUAGAAUGGUCUUCCCUGGAAUUUAUAAUCCCAGUUUGAUGUUUUCUGACUAGUAAGUGGAUCCACGGGUGAUAAAUUAUCUCUGCUGAUUCAUCAUCAUUGUUAUGGGUUGUGUCUUAUGACGUGGGUGAUCAUGGUCUCCCAAUGACCAUGACCAUUGGCAAUUUUUUCUAUAGAAGUGAUUUGCCAUUGCCUUCUUCUGGAUAGUAUCUUUACAAGAUGAGUAACCCCAACCUUAUCAAUACUUCAGAAAUUGUCUGCCUGGCGUCAGGGGUUGCAUAUGAACCAGCUGCUCAUAUGACCAUCCACCACCUGUUCCCUUGGGUUGACAUGACCCUGAUUGGGGUGGGUUAAGCAGAUGCUAUGCCUUGUCUGAGGGUGACCUGCAGGCCAGCAGAGGGAAGGAGUGCUAUGCAUCUCCUUUGGUAGAGACGGAUCUCCACCUUGCCCCCCAAUUCUGCUGAUUAGGCAAUUCUGGCAGGAAUAACCUAAAAAUUAGAACCACGUCUUCCAAGCGUAAAGUGUUUCUACAUCAGGAGCUGGUGGAAAGUUGGAAGCCUCUCCUAAUGCUUUAAAUCUGAAAUUGAUAGAUUUUUGUUAACCUAAAGUAUUAGGGGAUGUAAGGAAAAGGCAAAUAUAUGCAGUUAGAUUUCAUAAUAGUUAUAAUCACAAAGAUUGGCAGGACAAGGCUCAAGGGGCUACCUGCUAGCCUCCAGUUCUAAUGUUCCCAUUGAGUCUCAUUCCACCUUUCUUUGGGUUGAUUGACCUUUCAAAAAUUACAGUUGAAAGUCUUCCAGAGUCCUUUCAGGUAAGACAUUUCAGAUUGUAAUCAUUCUAUAUAAAAACAGUAACACUUUUGAGUUUGUUAAAUUAGUUUCGGUUAACAGUCCUACCACUAGUUAACAAUUCACACAUAAUUAGGGAAUGUAAGGAGCAUCACGCCAAACCAAUUCCUUUGCACCUCUGAAUAUUGGUCAAGGGAUGAAAGUAAAACAUAAGGUUUUGCAGAUUGUUUUUCAGAAGGAAAAGGGUAAAAGUUACUCUCCAGGUGCAACAAAAAAUUACUCUCACCAAUAAAAAAUGUAGUAAAAGAUGGCUGAAAUGUUUCUAGUUCUUGCCCUCCUGUCUUGAAGGAGCCACAUAUCAUUCAACUGGACCUAAGCAUUGGAACAUAAUGUUUUCAAAAGAGAUUUCAAAAAUUCCUCCUGAAUUUCUGUUACACACUGACUCAAUUCAUCUUUGUAUGUGGUCAGAAGCUACUUUAAAAUGUUUUAAUUUCUGAAUAUCAACUAUUCUAUACAAAAUAUUAAAUUAAUGUUUUGUUUCUUUUGUAACAUAAAAUACUCUUGUUUAUGGCUCAUAAAUUAAAAGAAAAUAAACAUGAUUAUAUAACA